GGAGGAGGAGACGCAGGCGACGAUGUCAGAGCGUAAAAGCCAGGGAGGAGGACGGCCGAGGGAGAGGACGGGGCAGGUGUAAUCACAUCGGCAGGCGGAGAGCGACGACUAAUAAAGCGGUUGGUGGGAUGGGCAAAAUUCCACCGAAGGACCCCCUCCCUCCCGAUCUCGUCCGCGUUCCCGGACGUACCCAGCACAGGAAAUGACUGCACAGCGCCGGACGAACGCGCAGUCGGCCAAGGGAAGUUGCGCACCCACCCGCCCGCCCGCACCCACCCGCGUUUGCGGAUACUGCAUUUGCACCAUCGGCACGGGCACCGACGACACGCAUUGUGCGGGACAAAGGAUCUAACCCACGCACACACACCCACACACACUCGCGUACACACACGGGGCUCUGCAUCGUACACACACCGCUCACGGACACACGCACACGCGCCACGCCACGCGCGUGCACAACACGUGUCACAGCAGAAGGAGCCACAGCGACUUUGCAGAUCAUCCCGAGUGGGGGGGCGGCGGGCGGGGGAGGGGGCACAUUUUUAUUUGGUGGCGGCGAAUCAUCAUUUCAAAAGAAGUGUGCUCCAGAGUGGUGCCGUGCGAGACGAGGUCGCGUCUGAAUCCACCACGAUGUUGACCCGGGCAGGCAGAGCGCGUCCGUCGCAGACGCCGCUGCUGCUGCUGCCCGCAGUGCUGGUUGUGGUGCUGCUGGUGGUGCCAGUCGGUGGCGCACAGGAUGGAGGAGGAGGAGGAGAGUGCCACGCCGCUUUCGACCUCUACUUCGUACUGGACAAAUCGGGGAGCGUGGGGAUGCACUGGAAUGAAAUCUACGACUUCGUCAGAGAGCUCACGGAAAAGUUUGUCAGCCCGAUGAUGCGAUUGUCAUACAUCGUGUUCUCCUCCAAGAGUUACGUCAUCAUGGAAUUGACAUCCGACAGAGAAAAGAUUAAAAAGGGUUUGGAGGACUUGAAAAAUGUACAACCAACCGGAGACACUUACAUGCACGAGGGCAUCAACGAGGCAAUCGUACAAAUUGAGGGUGAACAACAGAAAGGGAGAAGAGUGUCGAGUGUGAUUGUAUCCCUCACCGAUGGAGACCUCGUUGAAAACCUCUUUCCCUACGCCAAGAAAUCGGCUGACAGGGCAAGGUCAGUUGGAGCCUCUGUUUAUGCCGUUGGCGUAAAAGAUUUUAAGUAUGAACAGCUCGCCGUGAUCGCAGACAGCAAGGAACAUGUGUUUCCAGUCAACGGGGGCUUCAGCGCCCUGCGAAACAUCAUCAACUCCAUCCUGAAGAAGUCAUGCACCGGGAUCACAUCCGUCGACCCGUCGAGCAUCUGCAUCGGAGAGGAGUACGACGUCGUGAUCCAGGGCAACGGCUUCACGCGCGCGCGGGCCGGGGAGAACACGCAGUGCAUCUUCCAGAUCAACGACACCACGUCCAUCACGGAGAAGGCUGUGGACGUGACGGAGACGUACAUGCGCUGCAGGGGACCCGUCAUCUACGAGUCGGGAAAGACGGUUCAUUUGCAGGUCAGCAUCAAUGAGGGGCAGUCUUUCCUGACGAGCUCCACCACCAUCACUGCCGCCAAAUGCUCGAACGGGAUCAUCGCUCUCAUCGCCAUCCUCGUCAUCCUGCUGCUGGUGGCACUCGUCCUGCUCUGGUGGUUCCUCCCUCUCUGCUGCACCAUUGUUGUGAAGCCGAUUCCACCUCCGCCGCCACCACCUCCGCCAGUGAAUAAGGAGGAGCCGGAGGAGAUCGCACCGAAAAAGAAGUGGCCAACGGUGGACGCGUCCUACUAUGGUGCCGGCGGGAUCGGUGGCAUCAAGCCAAUGGAGGUACGCUGGGGUGGCAAAGGCUGCACAGAGGAGGGGGCCAGGCUCAAGGCCACCCCCAACGCGGUCGUCACCAUGCCAACGGAGGAGGAGGUCCAAUUCCAACAAACCCCCCGGCCCCAGAGGAAUGGCACGGCCGAAACCCCCCGCUCGCCUGCGCCACAGUGGUUCGCUCCGAUCAAGGGAAUGCUGGACGCUCUCUGGGCCCUCAUGCGAAGUGGCUACGACCGCGUGUCAGUGAUGAGGCCGCAGCCCGGCGAUAAGGGUCGCUGCAUGACCAUGAGGCGCACUUGACGGAGGGCGGCUGGACCGCGAGCAGAACCAAAGUCGAAGAUUAUCUUCCCACGUGACAUUGCACCCACGUCGGCCAUUUUCUUUUUUUAAGCAGGCGGCCAUCUUGUUGGGAGGCAGUGGUCGCUCCAAACCAAGGGGGUCAGCAACCAAAAUGAACAAGAGCCGUUUUUGUUCGAAUUCGGUGCAAAACUCAACAUUUCAAGGGCCACGAUGCAAGCGAAUGCAUACACAUUACGUUGCGAAAUGGUCCGCAAAGAGCCGCGCAUGCCUCCGUAGCGGCAGGUUUGCCGACCCCUGCGCGAAACGUAGUGCCCCACGCCAACGAAUGUGAACGCCACUGCUGCCACCGGGUCCCGGUCUUCCCAGGAUCAGCCUCAGUUUGAGAUUGUUUUCCGGAAUUUGUACGUCUCCCCAGGAAAUUAAAAGUUCCUGAUGGUUUUCUUUGGGUGGUCAGAUGCUUAAUAAUACACCAUUCGUGACAAUGCGCGUAUGGAUGUAGUUCUCUCUUCUGCCAGUAUUAUGAGCUAUUCCUCUUGCCAUAUGCGCCAUGGUUUUUUUUUGUAUCUCAAGAGGUGGGAAACCUAACGGAUUGCAUUCAAGAGCAAGCGAUCUAGAACUUCUCAUAAAGCCACGACAAGAUCCACGGCGAUAGACUGCAGAGCAGACUACACUCUACUUUUGGCAGGGUUCAAUCCCGUCUCCUUAUGUACCGUAUGUUUAACUUUUUUCAAACCGUACCUAGCAAGCCAACCGUGAUAAUUGGAGGUGCGGGGAGAAGUACAAAAAUCUAAACACAAAAAUAAGUUCUAGCUUGUUGAAGUGAAUUCCCACCCCUACCUUGUUCUCUGGAUUAUACAACGCAUCCCGACCCCCCUGUAGUUUGUAGCAGAACUUGGAGGUGUGUGUCUUUAUAAUCUGGUAGGUGUUUGUGUGAUCAUAUUAGCUUAACUUGAUCGACUCCCGGGCACUAAUUUGAGGGAUAUCUUCAUUUCGGGGGCGUCUUAUGAUCUAGAGAAUGAGGAAGAUGUUGGGCCCAGCUAUUUGUUAACUUCCCCCUUUCAUGUGUGUCUUGUCCGUUUAUCUGUAUAAAUCAACGGACUUCUCAUGAACACGAGAAGAUCUAUUUUCCUGCUGUCAAUCGUUCAAAUAAAUACUGCCUGUGAUAAAGAAAUCAGCCAAUUAUAUAGACCGUGCAGAACAGUCAUUUGUGUUUCGGCUGUAUUUAUCAGCAUUUUUUAAAAAUAAGUAUUGGUGUCAUUAUGAUGUAUGCUUUACAGCUUCUGAAUCCAAAUAUAAAUCAUUAAACAUUACAUCUACUUGACUUUACAGCUCAGCCAACGAUAUCUUUCAGCCUAGGCUCUAGGGAUAUUGCCUUUUCAAACGUUUAGGCUCGGUUUCAGACCUGAUUUGGUAUUUUAAGAUUAUAAUUUAAAUGUAUUGCAUUUUUAUAAAUUUAAGGAUUUUAAAUAUUAAUAAUUUAUUUAAUGACUUUUAUAUCAAGCAUCAUCGGGAGAACAUGUCAUACAUCACUUUCUGUGAUGUUACAUUUUUGCAUGAAUCCAAAAGUAUUUUUUUUACAUCAUCCGAAAUUUCUAUAUAGGCCUGAUUUUCAGAUUUUUUGGAUGCAUUCCAAAAAACAUUGGGAACACAUCCCAAGUUGAAUCACAAACGCCUAAACUCUUUCCAUUGCACCGGUUUGCUGCCUACACAUGGAGAACAGUGGCCCUUGUCGAAGCCAAGCCGGAAAGUACGCCGACAUAUCUCAUGUUGAGUACGUUCUACCCUCGCCGCUAAUGCCUGGUGACAUUGAGCCGGCUAAAUUAAACACAAGAUUGGCUCGCGUUGGCCAUGAUUGUACUCGCUGAGAUGUUUAAUAAUUCCUGCCUCGUGUCGAAGUCCGGUCGGCUCUUCGUUGCUGCGGGCAGCAUUAUCCACAGUCCACGUAUUCAUGAAUUUGCAACUGCUUUUCCCAAAAAUGUUACGACACUUAUGUAAUAAUUUUUCAGUUCAGUGCUGUUUGAAGGCCUCUUCACAUCGUAUCAGCUGCACCAGUUGUUUGGCCAUACUUUACCAUUCUGAAGCACGCGGGGGACCACGUACCGGUUCAGAUAUCGAUCGCCGCUGAUGUCAAACGUUGCCGAGAAUGGAACUCAGGUCAUCGGUAAUUGUUUUUUUCACCCUUUUUUCUGGCAACAAAUCUCACACGCCAUGUUUGUAUUGACCACAAUACCUGCGGUCGGAAUGCAAACAAAAAACACAACUCUGAUAAUGUAUGCACUGUCCUUGAAAUUGAUUGGUCCACACCCGAGACAGCUUUUCUUAGAGCCUAGUCUCACAUGGUGUUGGACCAGAUGACGCGGUGCGCUAACUAGCCACGGGGCCACCACUUUGCCUCGUCACGCGAUGUGUUACGUGAAAAGCUUUCGGGUUACAAAGGGACGUGCAAGACAAUAAAUUAUCAAAAUGGUUUGGAAACAAAUUCCAAGGUAUGCGUAGGCUCAGACGUUGUGUUGUAUUUUUUGUUACGUCUGCACCUGUGUUAUAGCAUCCGUAUGCAAUUGUGAGCAUUAAGAGGCAAACAUACACGAGUAGGUGUGACUCUGUGCUAUAUUGCCAACAGUUUUUUUUUUUACACUGCCUAUUUGCCUUCACGCCUACCUCCAAGAAAUAUGAAAUGAUGGGUAAACAUUGCCAGGGAAUUUCUGUCUCCGCAUGAGUUUAGUGUUGCACCUCCCUUGACUGCAACGUGCCCCCGAGCAAGACUGUUCAUCUGUACAUAAAUUGCGCGGAAGAAAUUCACACAUUUCAAUCGACUGUGUGCCUAUAUGGGUUCGCUAAUCAUGAAAAGCUUGUAGAUGUAUAAUUUUUUCAAGGUCGGGACAACAACAGCAGCAACAACAACCGUUGCAGAUGUGGAAAUCGAACAGUGUUGCAAAGCUGCGUCUCUUCGUGGUUAUUAACAUGCGCACUCGCCGACCUCAAGCUAAACGCGCAACAGGACCCGGCCCUCCCCUUGACCGCAGGACACGCGUACAGUGCGGCCGGAGAGCACCAUUUAUUUAACGGAGGCCGCACCACUUUAAUAACGAGCAUCUGCACCGACCGUUCCCAAGCUGUGAUCCGCCCGGCUGCCAAGUUUCUGUCGCGUCCCCAAUGCCCCCGAGAGGCAUCACGCGUCUUUGGGAGGCAUCCGUCGUAGCCUCGUGAGCACACGCGCUCGCCACUCCGUGCGGUUCUUUUGCCGAUUUUUUUUCACGUUUCGCCUUUUUAGCCGGGAUUUAGUUUGGCAGCAGCACCGAGCCGCAGAAGAAGGGCAAGUUGUCGUUGUUGUUGUUGCUGCUGUUGUAACGGCGCAUUGCGCGGACGUUUGACGCCGCGUAAAAUCUUGCGUUGGAACGAACCGCUGCCGGCCUUCACAGUAUUUAUGGAUGCCCCAAAAAAGAGAAAAAUUCCAAAAAAUAUAUUUACUUGAAUUCAGUGUACGUAACUAAUCUAGCGAGUAAUUUCAACGUCAUGUAGACCACUAAUACCACAGUAGAACCUUAAACGUUGCUUGUGAAACCGUUGUAUCUGGAUAUCAUGCUUGCUUUUUUUAUAAUAAAACAUUCGUUUCUUUCACAA